AGGUCAGUCUUGGUCGAGCCUUCGCCUGAUGAGGGUGUUAGUUAGCUGCGCGUGUGUGUGUCAGUAGGUGUCAGUGUGUGUAGUGCUAGACCUUGUGUCAACUGGCAGCUUGGAUAUCUCAAGGAAAGGUACACCCUGGACGUGACUGUGGAAUACCUCAAGGAUCCUACUUGUGACCUUCUUUAUGUCUGUGGGUCUCUACUAACCACUAACCAAACACAGGGAUCAGAGCAAGGGUGUCGAGACUUGAAAUUUAUCAAAUGCCCGUGGCCCCGAUGGCUCGCCGACAAGAUCACAAGCCAUGGUGCCCAAGACUAUCCAAGAUGCGGCAAUGAGGGAGCCGGGUCCUGCACCACCGCCGCCUGUCAAGAGUCAUUCUUCCUCCAUUCUUUCCUCACUGCUGCACUCAGCCCACCCUCAGGGAGGCAGUGGUGGACUCCGUAGCUCCCCGCCACCUGCCCCUGUACGGGACGCCUCCAGCCUCAAGGCAGUCCGCUACGGCCCGGGACAUGAGAAGUUCCCCUCGUGGCCGGCUGCUGUGCCGUCCCGCCCCCAGGCCGGAGGCUCCUGCCGCUCCAAGUCGUGGACGGAGCAGACACACUACCCCAAGGAGGAACCACCAGUGAUCAGCCGGCCUUUUAACAAACGGAUCAACCCCUCCUUUAGCCAACAGCUGCGAACUGUGAUGGAGAGGUGUGAGAAGAUUGGGCCAGAGACGUACUUGCCGCGGCCGGACUGUGACGGAACUCGGGAGUACAAUGUGCCAUCGCCCCCAGAGCGAGAUGUAGGCCUCACUCAGGCAGAUCUGGAGGAGUACACUCGUUCCUACCAAGAUCCCACUUACACCCAGUUGGAGAGUCAGCUGACGCAAGAGGAGCUGGAGCAAUACAGUCGCGCUUAUGAUGAGGCUUCACUGCGCACUGUCCAUCAGACACAGGCGUCCUACGCUCAGUCAGAGGGCUACCACAGCUACGUCUCUAGCACAGACUCGACCACUACCACUCCCUUUCUCGACAGGUUACGCAGGGAGAGCGAGGCAGCACGGGUGGAGGGACAUGAGUCAAGUAGCUCAGGUUCGUCGAGUGAGACGCUCAAGUGGCAUGGCUCGAUGAGCGAUGUAUCAAGCACAGGAACGACACCACUCAUCGCUCACUCGGCCAAGGUCCAGACACCCCAGCGCCAUCAUAGUGAGAGUGUGCUUUACCUGAGCCAGCUGGUGCGACACAAUCAGAUCAAUAAUCAGCGUAAACUGUUCCCCGUCAGCACCUACACCGUCCAGCCUUGUGAGCAGCACUCACCCAGGUCCCCUCCUGCCAUGAGUGUAGCUGAGCGGAUAUGUGAGUUGGAGCGACAGCAAGCCGCACCUCAGCAGCCCCGCCCACCCUAUCCACCAUCUUACGACCCCUCCCACCGUCAUCCCCAUCCUCACUCCCACCCCUCUCAAGACCCCUCACGUGUCACAGACCAUGCUUCCCUCAAGGCCAUACAGAAGAAAGCUCUCUUGUCAUUCUAUGAGAGACAUCACUCGGCGUGGAAGUCGGAGCCACAACUAAGUCCUCCUCAGCCUCCUCCCAGACCUAAACCACCUCCCACCACCUCAUCUAAUGCUGCCAGCAGACGGUCAUCCUCGGCUUCAGAUUAUGGGAGAAGAGAGCAAAAGUUAAGUCAGCAAGUCAGUAAAGAAGCUCCAACACCAGGAGAAAAUGAAAACUUGCCUGUUCGACACCAGCAUAGUUCCAGUUGUGGCUCACUGUCAGCUGCUGUGUCUGGGCCGUUUAUCAUGGGACCAGCCAUCUCCAUUGAUGACUGGGUUCCUGCUAGACCACCCAAGAAACCUCACUUGAGAGCUGCAUACCCUGUGCCCCGGAUGUCUAGCCCCGACUUGCCCCCACCCUCCCCACCACCUGUUGUCGAGGACGAAGUUAUAGUCUCGGAUGAACCCUUGCCCCCACCGCCACCGGAGGAUCAGCUGCCAUUGAUCUCACCAUAUUCAAGAUCUCAAGAUCCCAAGUUUCAAUACCUUAACAAAUCUUAUCUGGGAAGUUCUAAUAUUAACUCAUCCAUCAGUCCAGAGAGUCCAAAAUCUUACGUCUCCGAUCGGUCAAAACCAGAACCUCAGUACGAGAAUCAGCCAGAGCUGAGAAGAUGCUCCAAAGUUCGAGAGUCAUGUAGAGCUUCUUUUAUGACCAUUCGGGAUAAAGAGAAAGACCUGGACAGGCAUUUUGAGAGAAAAGUUCGAGAAGACAGUCACUUAUCAAAUAUCAGUAAAAAUAGAGCUUUAUACCAGCGCCAGAAAAGUUUAGAGAGCUAUUUUAAAAACAGUAAUUUAAAAGAAGACUUUAGUAUUAAAGAUGAUCAAAUUCCUGUUGGGCCCAGAAUAAAUCUGGAUAGGAGAAGUAUUGAAACCCUCUUUCCAGCGAAAUCUGAAUUGAGUUUGAAAAACUAUGAAGAUAUUCAACCGGCAUCAUUAGAAAGCAAGCUUACAUAUCUUGAAAAUCAUAACCAAGCUUUCAAUAAACCAGGCCCUCAAACUCCUGUUGAUAAAAAACUUAGUUCCUUGCAGUUAAAGCCCUCGGGAGCGUUAAUGAAUCCUCUAAGAGCUUUGGAUGCUGGAAAUCCAACAUUCCGCCAACUGCAAAAUCAGUUUAUCCGAUCUGCGAGUGUGCGAAGAGACUUGCAUUCCUCACAACCUGGUGAAGAAAAAUCAGUCAGCAAAUCACCUUUCCAGUCAAGUUCUGAAAGGAAAUCUUUGAGGUACUCAACAGCUCAGAAACUUCUGAUAAGUUCUAAGAAACCAAUAGACUCCAUGGCUGUCUCAAAUGGAAAGUUAUCCCCACCGCUGAAAAUGCAGCAACAUUUGUCACCGAAGACAUCACUGACGUCAAGUAAAAUGAUGCCAUCAAGAUAUGAACCUGAUCACACGAGUAAUCCAUCUCCUUCAAGUGAAUCGAUCCUCGCAAAGCACCUGCCUCACUGCCUUCCAGCCCAGUGUCCUCCUACAAGUCUACAACUGAGCCAGUCGAAGGCAUCGUACCUCGCAUCAUACCGCCGGGAGCCACGUGAACGUGAGCGCGGCCUCCCCAACUUCGAGGGCAGCUACAAGAGAACCAUGUCGCCCUCGGGAGCACAUAUAAUUCAGUCUUCAGAACCGAUGAAGGAAAAGUCGGCAAGUCAAGAUUCUGGUCUCGAUGACAAACAAUCAUAUUCUGAAGGAAGCAAAAGUCCUAGUCAAGAGAACCUCGCGAGUUCAACAAUUUCAUCUUGUGAUAACAUAGAAACGUCAAAGACGUUGCCUAGGAACUAUUCUUUGUCCCUGCUGUCACCAACAAAGAGGCCUACGAGGACUCCAAGGACACAGUCAGACCCAAUCAAGGCAACUCCAAGGGAAGUGAUUGAAGAGGUGGCAAAGGCGUGUGAACCCAAGGAAGUGGAAUGUGACAGUGAGAGACUAAAGCCACCGCAAUCACCAAGCGCGAUGUCCGCUACAUCGACUUCAACAGAGGAGCUGAUAAGCGCGAGUGAGAGUCUUGUGAGUGUGAGUGCAGAAGAGGAUAGAACUGUAGAGGAGCCGCUGCGGCUUGUCCAGAGGACGGAGGUUACGCUGCGCGUAAAUGCUCCAACCACUGACACUGCUUGCCAGACCGACGUAGUGACCACUCCUCUGCCCUCCCCACCUCCUGCCACCUCCCCUGCCCCCUCUCCACCCCCUAUCAGGCAUCAGUUGCACGAGGAGAUUGAGUGUGAUCAGCUAUCCCGGGACUUGGCCAGCCAACUGAGUCCAUCUCACCGACUUCAAGGCAUCCUAGCUCCUGGACCAGAGGUGAAGCGAUCCACAGACUAUGUAAGUGGACUGUUCCGGUUGGACCUGGCGCCUCGGAUGCGGACAUCGGUCGCUAGCACUACACAGACCACUGUCUCACUCCCACCCACCCCAACUCCUACCAUUAGUAAAGAGGAAGAGAAGGAGAGAGAGAAGGGGAAAGAGAGAGAGAGUGACAGGUUACCGUCAGAUUCUGCCUACUUUACAACGUCUGAGUGCAAGGCUCGGUUGCUGCUCAGCCAGAACCAGCAGCCUCCGCUGCCUGGGAACACAAAUUUACACCAGAAAAAGGAGGAGCUAGUGAGCCGGCUGUCACGCAAGUUAAGUGUGCUGAGAGCAGAAGCGGUGGCAGUGGAGGAGGAAGGUCGAGUGAAUGAAGCCCUCGGCCAAGGAGUUGGUGAACGAGUAUCAGCACUCGCCAGGCCCCAUGAGGUCUCCAAGUUCCGUCUCCAUGUCAAGGAGGUGGGCCACAUCACAAGUCUACUGCUGGGCCUUUCCGGACGUCUGGCACGAGCAGAGAAUGCUCUCCUCAACCUACCGGACGAUCACAUCGAUCGGAAAACUCUAGAGGGGAAGAGAGAUAAGCUUCGAACACAAUUGGAAGAAGCGAAAGAGCUGAAGCGUAAUAUCGACCGCAGGAGUGAAGCUGUAUCCGCCACGUUGUACAAGUACUUGUCAGCAGAGGAGUAUGCGGACUACGACCACUUCAUCAACAUGAAGGCUAAACUGCUAGUGGACUCGCGGGAAAUUACUGACAAGAUCCAGCUGGGUGAGGAGCAGUUGGCAGCCCUGCGGGAGACCCUAGACGAGCCCAGGUGAAGUUGGCAACACUGGUCUGUCACGGUCGCUAGUCAUCACCUCCGCAGUGGCUCCAACGUUACCUUGUUAAUGUUGCUUAUGUUCUGUAAAUGACUGGUUUUCAUUGCUUUACAAGCGGUCAGCUCGACCGACACUUGUCAAAGGAUAUAAAACGUAGAAUUGUAAUGUUAAACAAUAGUCAUCACUGUGCAAUAUUCACUUUGUGAGACAACCACCAUCCUGUAACUUUUGAAUCUGCUGUAGUCAGUAAGUAACAGUAUUUUUAGUUUGUGGUAGAUUACUGUUCGUCAUUGUGAAUUUUAUACACAGAUCAACAAUUCACAUAAUAAUUAGUAAACUGUAUUUAAUCUGUAAGAAUGAAACUUAUUGUUGCUCACAGCAAAACAGUUAUGCAAUAAUAUUCCUAGUAUUUGCUAACAUGGUACUGUAUCUCCUCUUGUAGAUUUAAGCUCAAACAAAAUGAAAUUGUGUAAUUCUCACCUCUAUGCUAUCCAUACCGUAGUUGAAGUUAAAUAUAUAUAUUUCACAUUUGUUUUAUUUUAAAAUAUACUUAUGGGAUUAAAAAAUCAUUAUCUGUAUUGAACGAAAUUCUAGUUAUGUUAAUUGUUAAAUAAGGAAUUACUGGAAGCAGUAUGACAUUUUUUGAACUUUUCAAUCAUUAUAAAAUUUUGACAAGACAUUGUAAUAUGCAAGAUGAAUAUUUUACUGUACUCAUUGUCAUUUUAUUUGUAAAAUAUAACCUAUAGCAAAUUCUUCUAGUAAAAACGUUCAUAUUGUACAAUAGAUUUGUUGCCUUUUGUGCAGUAUAAAAAAUUAAUAAUUAGU